UCUCCUUUUUUCUGGUUCUCUCUUCUCUUUUUUUUUUUUGUGUAUUUUAUUCAAAAGCCAAUUCCCAAUUUCCCACCAAAGCUCUUUCGGCGCAAUACGGAGAGUUCUCACCGACGACGACGUCAUGUCGUCACCUUCCGGAGAGUCGACGAACGGCUCUCGUUGCUCAUCAUGCAUCAACUCUGACAACGAUGUGAAUCCCGGCGACGAAUUCGGUAAAUCGGAUGAGUUUACAUGCAUUCACUGCAAAAGUUCCGAUCGAUUCGAUCUCUCUUCUUCUUCCUGUUCCUCUGAAUCGGAAUCGAAAUCGGUGGAUGAUUCGGAGAAGCUUCGAAGAAUCAUCGUCGCUUCCGUUAAAGGAUUCACUAUAGGUACUGGUUUAAAAGGUGGAUUAGCUAUUUUCUCAAUCGUAGCUCGUUUCGCUCGCCGUCGUAGGUCUUCUUCUCAAUCCAGGAAAAUUGGGGAGUUUUCGAAUAGUGAAGCGAUUGCUCUGGGGAUAAAGGAGACGUUGAGAUACGGAUUGUUUUUAGGAACUUUUGCUGGGACUUUUGUUACAGUUGAUGAAGCUAUUGCUGCUUUAGUAGGAGACAAGAGAACUGCAAAGUGGAGGGCCCUGUUUGCUGGAUUGGUGGCUGGACCAUCUAUGCUUCUCACAGGGCCAAAUACUCAACAUACGAGUUUGGCUGUUUAUAUAUUGAUGCGUGCUGCGGUCCUUGCGUCGCGUUGUGGCAUUAAGAGUAAACGGUUCGGUACGGUAUGCAAGCCGCUUACUUGGAAACAUGGGGAUUUGUUUCUCAUGUGUCUCUCUUCCUCACAGAUUUUGUCUGCUUACAUUUUGAAACAAGAGAGCCUUCCUUCAUCGUACAAGUCUUUUCUUAAUAAACAUGGUGGGAAGGAUCUUUCAAUCUUACAAGGUGUAAAAGAUAUCGCCAGCGCUCAACCAUUCACCAAUUUAAGGGCAAUUGAGAAGUAUUACAAGUCUGUUGGAGUUGAUAUCAAACUGGAUCCUAACAUGAAAGUCCCAUGUUCGAUAAUACAUGGAAAUGAGUCAUGUGUUAAGCAUGGUAUUACAUUUUUCCUUCAAGCUUACAAGAGGGCUCUACCUGUCUAUGUCCCUGUCUACUUGAUUCCAGCGCUAAUAGUCCAUCGUCAAGACCUGCUAAAAAAGCAAUACUCGAUACUUGGCAAAGGUCUUCUGGGCACGGCAAGAUCAAGUUUGUUUCUCUCGACUUACUGCUCUUCUGCCUGGGCUUGGACUUGUCUACUUUUCCGAACUUUUGAGACAUGUAACAUACCGCUCGUGGCUAUAGCAACGUUCCCAACAGGUCUGGCCUUAGCUAUUGAGAAGAAAAGCAGAAGAAUAGAGAUAUCACUCUACUGCUUAGCGAGGGCAAUAGAGAGCUUCUUCACUUGCAUGACAGAUGCAGGAUAUAUACGACCGCCCAAGAGUCUAAGAAGAGCAGAUGUGGUUGUGUUCAGCGUUUCGACAGCCAUUAUAAUGCAUUGUUACGCGCAAGAAAGAGAGGUAUUUCGAUCAAAAUACUUGAACGUUCUAGAUUGGGUUUUUGGUGUUCCUCCUCCCCCCCUGUUACUCCUCGCGAAAAAAACCUAGAGACAUUUACUUUCUAAUAUAUCGACUUCAGAGGGCAAAACAUAAGUUAUCAGGAAGUUUGAGAAGUCUUGAAAGUUGUCAUUUUGUUCUCCACUUUUAACCUAAAGAUCUUUGAUGUGGGAUAGAAUUUGGUGGUAGAAUGUUCAUUUAUAGAAUCUCUAGGAGUUUUGUUUUGGGUUUUGGGAUAUCAAACGAAGAUAGCCAUAUGCCAAUUCAUGUAGCUCAUCUCUCUAACUCUAACCCCAAUAGUGUUUUUUACCACAGUGCUCAACUCA